AUGACUGAGACAGAUGUACCCAUGACUGAGACAGAUGUACCCAUGACUGAGACAGAUGUACCCAUGACUGAGACAGAUGUGUCCGUGGCUGAGGCAGGUGUGUCCGUGGCUGAGGCAGAUGUGUCCGUGACUGAGGCAGAUGUGUCCGUGACUGAGGCAGAUGUGUCCGUGACUGAGGCAGAUGUAUCCAAAGGGAAGAGAACUCACUGCUGCUCUGACUGUGGGAAGACAUUCACCUCAUCAGGCAUUAAAAUUCAUCAGAGAAUCCACACAGGAGAGAAACCUUAUAGCUGUGAUCAAUGUGGGAAGAGUUUUGUUCAAUCUGGCAAUCUGACAUCACACAAGAGAACACACACAAGAGAGAAACCGUAUAGCUGUUGUCAAUGUGGGAAGAGUUUUACUGAGUCUGGAUGUCUGACUAAACACCAGAGAACACACACAGGAGAGAAACCUUAUAGCUGUGAUCAAUGUGGGAAGAGUUUUGGUCAAUCUGGCCAUCUGACAGUACACCAGAGAAUACACACAGGAGAGAAAUCCUAUAGCUGUGAUCAAUGUGGGAAGAGUUUUAUUACAUCUAACAUUCUGACUCAACACAAGAGAACACACACAGGAGAGAAACCUUAUAGCUGUGAUCAAUGUGGGAAGAGUUUUAUGGCAUCUAACAUUCUGACUCGACACAAGAGAACACACACAGGAGAGAAAUCUUAUAGCUGUGAUCAAUGUGGGAAGAGUUUUGGUCUAGCUGGAGAACUGACAGUGCACCAGAGAAUACACACAGGAGUGAAACCCUUUAGCUGUGGUCAGUGUGGCAAGAGUUUUGCUGCAUCUAGCAAUCUGACAGUGCACCAGAGAACACACACAGGAGAGAAAUCGUAUGGCUGUGAUCAAUGUGGGAAGAGUUUUGUUCAAUCUUACCAUCUGACAUUACACCAGAGAACACACACAGGAGAGAAACCCUUUAGCUGUGGUCAAUGUGGGAAGAGUUUUGCUGCAUCUAGCAAUCUGACAGUGCACCAGAGAACACACACAGGAGAGAAACCCUAUAGCUGUACUCAAUGUGGGAAGAGUUUUACUCAGCUAAGCAACCUGAUAUCACACCAGAGAACACACACAGGAGAGAAAUCUUAUAGCUGUGAUCAAUGUGGGAAGAGAUACUCUGAUAAAAGAUCUCUGAUCAAACAUCAGAAA